CGCAGCAGGGAAAGUUGUCAGUGGGGAGGUUUCAAGAUGGUGAAAUUCGGGCUCCAGUUUAAAGCCACUCUGGAGAAUGUCACCAACGUGAGACCGCUGGGCGACGACUUCCGCUGGUUUCUGAAGCUGAAGUGUGGGAACUGUGGCGAGAUCCCAGAUAAAUGGCAGUAUAUAACCCUAGUGGAGAGUGUGCCGGUCAAAGGAGGAAGAGGCAGUGCCAGCAUGGUGCAGAGGUGUAAACUUUGUUCCAGGGAAAAUUCAAUUGAUAUCCUGGGAGACACAAUCAAGGCUUAUAAUGCCGAUGACAGCGAAAGCUUCAAAACAAUGGUGCAGUUUGAGUGUCGAGGUCUGGAGCCCGUUGACUUCCAACCACAAGCUGGCUUUGCUGCAGAAGGAGCAGAGUCAGGGACGCUGUUUCCUGAAAUCAACCUACAAGAAAAAGACUGGACAGACUACGAUGAGAAAGUCAGGGAGUCGGUGGGGAUAUAUGAGGUCACACACCAGUUCAUCAAGUGCUGAUGUCAUCGUGUGCUGAGCCUCAGAGGUGGGGCAAAUGAACACUAUGGUCAAACAUCUUCAGACCUGUUUCCUGACAAUUAGGAUGCUUCUGACGCUGAGGUGGUUUGGUUUGGUUUGGUUGAUGAUGAACAUUAAGAGAGGUGGAUUAAAAGCACUGGUCGUCCACACAGACGGAUUGAUCAUCGUACUCAACAGACAAGGCUUUUUUUCACUGCCUCAAUAAAAUUGAA